GGGGAGAAACCCUAUCAGUGCUUCAAAUGCGGGAAGAGCUUCACUGAUAGCUCCAGUUUCACUAGGCAUCAGAGAAUUCAUACAGGGGAGAAACCCUAUCAGUGCUUCAAAUGCGGGAAGAGCUUCACUGAUAGCUCCAGCCUCACUUCGCAUCAAAGAACUCAUACAGGAGAAAAACCCUAUCAGUGCUUGGAAUGUGGAAAAAGCUUCACUCAUAGCUCCAGCCUCACUUCCCAUCACAGAAUUCAUACAAGGGAGAAACCCUAUCAGUGCUUCAAAUGCGGGAAGAGCUUCACUGAUAGCUCCAGUUUCACUAGGCAUCAGAGAAUUCAUACAGGGGAGAAACCCUAUCAGUGCUUCGAAUGUGGAAAGGGCUUCAGUCGGAAUACUACGCUCACUUCACAUCAAAGAAUUCAUACAGGGGAGAAACCCUACCAGUGUUUGCAGUGUGGGAAGAGCUUCAGUCAGAGGAACAGUCUCACUUCCCAUCAAAGAAUUCAUACAGGAGAGAAACCCUAUCAGUGCUUCAAAUGUGGGAAGAACUUCCGGGAGCGGACGAAACUCACUUUGCAUCAAAGAACUCAUACAGGGGAGAAACCCUAUCAAUGCUUCGAAUGUGGGAAGAACUUCCGGGAGCGGACGAAACUCACUUUGCAUCAAAGAACUCAUACAGGGGAGAAACCCUAUCAGUGCUUGGAAUGUGGGAAGACCUUCAGGCACAGUACUACGCUCACUUCACAUCAGAGAAUUCAUACAGGGGAGAAACCCUAUCAGUGCUUGGAAUGUGGGAAGAGCUUUCGUCAGAAAGGUGGUCUUGCUUUGCAUAGAAGAGUCCAUACAGGGGAGAAACCCUAUCAUUGCCUGGAAUGUGGGAAGAGCUUUAGUCUCAGGCACAGUCUCACUUCCCAUCAAAGAACUCAUACAGGAGAAAAACCCUAUCAGUGCUUUGAAUGCGGGAAGAGUUUUGGGGAUGGGGCCAAGCUCACUUUGCAUCAAAAAACUCAUACAGGCGAGAAACCCUAUCAGUGCUUGGAAUGCGGGAAGAGCUUCAGCCGGAAGUCCACUCUCAUUUUCCAUCAAAGAGUUCAUAGAGGGCAGAAACCGUAUCACUGCUUGGAAUGUGGAAAGAGCUUUAGUCAGAAGGUGAAUCUCACUUUACAUCAAAGAAUUCAUACAGGGGAAAAACCUUAUCACUGCUUGGAAUGUGGAAAGAGCUUUCGUCUGAGUGGUGAUCUCACUUCCCAUCAAAGAAUUCAUACAGGGGAGAAACCCUAUCAGUGCUUGCAGUGUGGGAAGAGCUUCAGUCAGAGGCACACACUCACUUCCCAUCAAAGAAUUCAUACAGGAGAGAAACCCUAUCAGUGCUUCAAAUGUGGGGAAAACUUCCGGGAGGGGAGAAAACUCACUUUGCAUCAAAGAACUCAUACAGGGGAGAAACCCUAUCAAUGCUUCGAAUGUGGGAAGAACUUCCGGGAGCGGACAAAACUCACUUUGCAUCAAAGAACUCAUACAGGGGAGAAACCCUAU